AUGGAAAGCAUUGUCAGAUUUGUUCAAAAAGGUGGGAUCAAAACGACAGAUGAAAACAUCAACAAUUUCAAAAGGCAGAUGCAAAAAAUAGAUGGAUUAGUUCUAAAAUACCCAGACGACUUAUCCUAUGUUGAUGUCACAAUUCCAGAAGCCAAUUUCGAUGUAGUAAGGAAUACCUCGGACACCUUGGGUUUCGAACCGCUGUUGAGCCAAAAGGCGGACAAUGAAUUGGUGACCACCUAUUCCCCGUCGCCGGCCGGCGAAUUCUCCACCGCCGUGGUCGAACCGGAGUCCGAUGACGAUGGCGCGCUCCGAGUCAACAUCAUCGGCAUGACGUGCAUGUCCUGCGUGAGGAACAUCGAAGGAACCGUCGGGAAGAAACCCGGCAUUCUCAGUAUAAACGUAAAUUUACAAGAAAAAUACGGUUUGGUACAUUACGAUCCGAAGAUAAUAAACCCACAAGGAAUAUGCGACUACAUAGAAGACAUGGGAUUCGAAGCAUCCUUGCCACUGCUAUCUCUUCCCAAAGACGAAAUUAGCAGUUGUUACAUCGAUAUAAAAGGCAUGACGUGUAAUUCGUGCGUACAAAGUAUCGAAGGUAUGCUAUCGACGAAAGAGGGCGUAGAAAAAAUCAAAGUCGAUCUGAAAAGCCAAGAGGGUUACGUGGAAUUCAAAUCCGGCAAAAUAACGCCCGAACAAAUCGCCGAGCAAAUCGAAGAUAUGGGCUUCGAGGCCUACGUGAAAACGGUGAACGGUAAGGACGUCCUGCAGAAGCAAAUGCGCAACAACAACACAUCCAACGGCCCUUCCACCAGCGGCGACAACGACGAAGAACCCGCCUUGAACCUACAGAAAUGUUUCCUGCAAGUCAAAGGGAUGACCUGCGGAUCGUGCGUCGCCGCCAUUGAGAAACACGUCCACAAAUUACCAGGUUGCCACAAAAUCCUGGUAUCCCUGCUGGGCGCUCGGGCGGAAAUCCAAUUCGACCCGUCGAUGACGACGCCCGAGGACAUAGCGGCUUCCAUCACCGACUUAGGGUUUCCCACGACUGUUAUCCAACAAUCGGGCAUCGUGGAAUCGGAGGUGGACGUGGAAAUCGUCGGCAUGACUUGUUCCAGUUGCGUGCACAAAGUGGAAACGAACAUUCUGAAAUUGCCGGGCGUCAAAUCGGCGCAAGUGGCUCUGACGACCCAUCGCGGCAAGUUUAAGUACGAUCCGGAAAUCACCGGACCCAGGUACAUAAUCGACGCUAUAAAGAAAUUGGGCUACGAGGCUCAAUUGUUCAAUAGAGAGAACGGCAGCGAUGAUUAUUUGCAGCAUAAGGAGGAGAUCAGGAAAUGGAGGAGAAGCUUCAUAUUUUCGUUAGCCUUCGGUGGGCCUUGUAUGAUAGCCAUGAUGUAUUUUAUGGUGCAAAUGUCUACCAUGUCACACGAAGAUAUGUGCUGUGUAAUACCCGGUCUUUCGAUGGAAAACUUAAUUUUGUGGUCUCUAUCCACACCCGUCUUGAUAUUCGGCGGGCGGCACUUCUUCGUCCAGGCCUACAAAGCCUUGAAGCACGGCACGACGAACAUGGACGUGCUCAUAGCGAUGGCGACAUCAAUUUCCUAUACUUACAGCGUGUGCGUGGUGGUGGCGGCGAUGGCGCUGCAACAGAAAACGUCUCCGCAAACGUUCUUUGAUACGCCGCCCAUGUUACUGGUCUUCAUCAGUUUGGGACGGUGGUUGGAGCACAUAGCUAAAGGGAAGACGUCGGAAGCUUUGAGCAGGCUACUGUCAUUAAAAGCUACAGAGGCUGUGAUCAUAACCGUUGGUAAAAAUGGAGAAAUAAUGUCCGAGGAACAAGUAAACGUCGAUUUGGUGCAACGAGGCGACAAGCUCAAAGUAGUACCCGGCGCAAAAGUACCGGUCGACGGUAAAGUGAUACAAGGCCAAUCCAUGUGCGACGAGAGUCUCAUCACGGGCGAAAGUAUGCCGGUGCCUAAGAAAAUAGGCAGCACGGUGAUCGGCGGUUCGAUCAACCAACACGGUCUGCUGAUAGUCGAGGCGACCCACACCGGCGAAGCCACGACCCUCUCCCAAAUCGUCAAGCUCGUCGAAGAGGCCCAAACGUCCAAAGCGCCGAUACAACAGCUCGCCGACAAGAUAGCCGGUUACUUCGUACCCACCGUGGUGCUGCUGGCCUUCCUCACGCUGGUCAUCUGGUCGAUCGUCGGCUUUUUGAACAUCGACAACUUGCCGUUGAACAAAUCCGAGAGGGCCGGCUUCACCGACACCGAGGUCAUCCUGCAGUUCGUGUUCCGCUGCGCCCUGAGCGUGCUCGCUAUAGCCUGCCCCUGCGCCCUGGGACUGGCCACGCCGACGGCGGUGAUGGUGGGAACGGGCGUCGGGGCGGUGAACGGCAUACUCAUCAAAGGCGCCGAGCCGCUGGAGAACGCGCACAAAGUCAAGGCUAUAAUGUUCGAUAAAACCGGAACGAUCACCAAAGGCACUUUGGAGGUCGCUAGGGUGUGGAUACAAGGCGACAGUCUCAGUCCCGCUGUGAUUUUGGCGGCGGUCGGUACCGCCGAAUCGAAUUCGGAACAUCCCAUCGCCGCGGCGAUUAUCAAAUACGUCCGGAGCGCUUUGGGGACCGAAGUGAUGGGAAAAUCGACUAACUUUCAGGCGGUGCCUGGUUGCGGCAUGAAAUGUACGAUUUCGGAUCUAUCGGAAGUGCUGAAGUUGUCCGAGAAGAGUAACGAACUGACGAAUUUCAUUAACUUGGUCCAAGCCGGCAGUUCCGGAUUGUUCACCGUGAAAGGCGUGCAAAUCGAGGUCAGCCAUUCGCAGAACAUCAAAUUGGGGCAACUGAUCGGCGUCAGUUCUUCGUUGGAGAACGAGAGCGGUGUGUACGAGGUGAUCGUGGGCAACAGGGAAUGGAUGAACAGGAACGGAUUUAUCAUAGCGCCGGAGAUCGAUAGGAAUAUGAUCAGCGAGGAGGAGCAGGGUAGAUCUGCCGUACUUUGCGCUAUAAACGGUAGUAUCGUAGCGAUGCUUAGUGUUGCGGAUACCGUUAAACCUGAAGCGCAUUUGGCCGUUUAUACUUUGAAAAAAAUGGGUCUUGAAGUGAUUCUAUUGACAGGCGACAAUAGGAAAACCGCCGCCAGUAUAGCUAGACAAGUGGGAAUCACCAAAAUCUUCGCCGAAGUACUUCCCUCGCACAAAGUUAUUCGAGUACAAAGAUUGCAAGCGAAGGGCAUUAAAGUGUGCAUGGUGGGCGACGGCAUCAACGAUUCCCCGGCAUUGGCGCAGGCCGACGUGGGAAUGGCGAUAGCGUCGGGCACCGACGUCGCCGUCGAGGCGGCCCACGUCGUACUUAUGCGCAACGAUCUCCUCGACGUGGUGGCGUGCUUGGAGCUAUCGAGAAAGACUGUUAAUAGAAUUAGACUAAAUUUUUUCUUCGCCAGCGUAUAUAAUAUUUUAGGUAUACCUUUAGCCGCCGGAGCGUUUAGUAUGAUAGGAUUUAUGCUGGCGCCGUGGAUGGCGAGCGCCGCCAUGGCGUUGAGUUCGGUAUCGGUGGUGAGUUCGAGCCUGUUGCUCAAGCUGUGGUCGAAGCCGACCAAGCAGAAAUUGGAGACGGCCGAGUAUUUGGCUAUCAAGAACAGCGAUUCGUUGGAUUCCAUAUCGAUUCACAGGGGUUUGGACGAUAUCGAUAACAUCACGGGAAGCUCCUCUAAAUUUUCAAGAUAUUUUGGUGAGAACAAGAACGUUCGACAACAUCUCCUAAGUAAUGAUUACGAAGACUCGGCAGUGACGUUUAGGAAAUGA